CCGGAGGGGCGGGAUUUCCGACAGGGUCUGCAUAUAUGGCGGGUACAUCUGUGAGUGUGAGCCAGGCAAACCAAACUUGACAUCAGAAAAGUCAGUGCCAUGACAAUCGUACAUAUCGUCCUCUUCAAGUUCCGUCCGGAGGUGACAGAUGAGCACAAGCAGAAAUUCGUGACAGAGCUGAAGAAGCUCAAAUCAUUACCAUGUGUGAAAGAGCAACGACUCGUUGUUGGGGGGCCAUCAAUAACCGAUCCCAUCGAAAGAAGCAAAGGCUUUCAAUUCGCACUUCUGAGCUUCCACGAGGACCGAGCGGCGCUUGAGGAAUACCAAAAAUCAGACGAACAUCAUCAUGUUACGAGCACCUACAUGUUUCCUUAUAAAGAAGACUUGAUGAGGUAUGACUUCGAGGUUGAUGAGGCGGAUGAACAUCUUCUCGGGUUUCUGCCUCUUGUCGCGUCGAAGAUCAAUUGACAAGGAACGAGUCAACGAGCGCCCUUUCAGUUGCUUUUG